UAGAUCUAUAUAGAUCAGUGAAUAAAUCUUCUUUUCUAAAGGUGUAAAAGUUGUAAGUUUCUUCAACGUUAUAAUGGCUACUGCUCAAGUCCAACCAAAUGUUCCAUCACAAGCUCGGCCUUGGAACCCUGAUUUUAAACACACCGAUCGUGAAAGGUGGAUAUGUAUCUACCCAGCAUACUUAAACAGUAAAAAGACUUUAAAAGAAGGCCGUAGAAUACCUAAGGCUAAGGCAAUUGAAAACCCAGCUGCCACAGAAAUAAGAGAUGUCUGCGCCUCGGCAGGAUUCACAUUGGGUGUUGAGAAUAAAGUUUAUCCACGAGAGUUGGACCCAAGGGAUAUUAAGUUCAAGGGUCGUGUGAGAGUGAUGCUGAAAAAUGAGGAUGGUACACCAGCCUUAGCAAACUUCCCUAAUAGAAUGUCUGUCCUCAUGUACAUUGCCGAUAUGAUUCCAAAGUUGAAAACAAGACAACAGACCCAGUCCUCAGGGCCAGCACAAGUGCAACAACAGCAGCAGCAGUCUAAAGGACAGAAAAAGAAAAGUCGCAAAUAGAUUAUUUAUGAGAUGUAAUACUUGCUUGAGAGUCAAUGUGUAUUUUGGUCAGAAAACUGUAAAAAGCUCAGAGCCAUGUGUAAAAUGGAGAAGAAAGAUGGAGAAACUAUCAAACAGACCAGUGGUUAUAGUGAAAGAAAAUGAGUUAGCUUUGUCUAAGUUGUGUGGUAAAUCUUUAUUUCAUAUCUGCUUUGUCGGGAAAAAAAAAAGAGCUACUUGGUUCAAAAUUUUAAGUUUUAGCUUUGUGAUAUACAUUGAAAGAAAUUUACAGAAUCAAAAACAAUUUGAGCUCCAGAUAUGAAGGUUUUGUUUCGUUUUGACCCAGAGCUUAGUUCUGUGCAUGUGAAUGGCUGUGUUAAAUGUGGGAAUUAUGUGAGAAAAUGUUGU